AUGACCAUACACGUGAACCGUUGUGCUUCAGGCAUACAAAAACACCAUGUGGCUAGUCAUAUCCUCAUCCAGAAUCCAUUACACAGACCUCCAGCAAGAUACGCACGAUCGGAACCUCCAAGUAUGGGUCGCCGCAACGUACGAGGCAAGAGAGUCCGGUUUAGCACCCGGGCCUCUACCAUCGGAUCCACCAGUGCUGGAGCUACGCCCAGCGGACGGAACGGGUUUUCGACAGCAGGUCCGGGAACUACCACUUCCAGACUCACUGGUGCACUUGUCGAAAACGCCCAGUACGAAGCCAUUAACCUAGCAGCGAACAACAUCAUCUACCGUGACCGCCGCGAAGGACUCCCAGAUCAUAUUUCACAACUUGUUGAAAUUAUCUCAGGUGAUCGGGAGUUACAAGAUUUAUCGGUCGAAGACGUCAAUGAUGACGAUGUCCUUGCUGAUCUGGAGCGAGGAGCCGGCGAGCCACAUGUGGAACAGUAUAUACAGAACACGCUUGUCACAUUGCCACCUCGAAACGACAUAGUCAAGCGAAGUGACAAGAUCCCCAUGGCAAGGUGGACCGUACCCAACACUGGAACUGCCCAUCGAGUCAGCGGUCCUAUUCCGGACAUCCUCCUUGGCUACAAUCUCACAGGCGCAUUUACGCCUGCCCAGCGAAGUAAACUCGUUUCAAUGCAGCUGUCAGCAGCGAACAGGGACGGUCUCUGCCUACCAUUCCUUCUUGUUGAGUUCAAAGGCGAUGGCCCCUCUAGCAACGGUAGUCUCUAG